CUGCCGGCUGCGGGGUCGGGAUGGCGCAGCCCGCAGAGGCCUCGGGCCACACGGCGACCGCCAGCGCCAGCAUGGACAACAACGUCCUGGCCAUCGUCAUCGCCGCCACGGUGUCCACCUCCGUCUUCAUCGUGGCGAUCCUCAUUCUGCUGCUGCUCUUGUACCACCGGGACCCCAUGUGCUGCCAAUUCCUCUGCUCCUGCCGCCUGUUCCAGACCCCCAGCCAGUAUGACCGCCCCCCGCCCUACUUCAGCAGCAGCCAGCAGCUGGUGGGACCCCAGCGUGGAGCCUCACGGCUGGAGAGCAGUGCUGAGAACCCCGGCAUGCAGGGAGACGAGCUCUUCUGUGUCGGACCCCCCAGCACGUACCAGCUCCCGUCCUGGGAGCAGCCCCGCCUGCCUAGCUACGAGAGCGUGCGGAAGAAGGAUCGCCAGCGGGAGAUCCAUCAGAUGAUUGCUGACAGGUUUGGGCUGUGGGCAGAGCCAUCCCAGGAGAUGCCACCUCCUUAUGAGCAUGCUCUGAGGCAUCCUCCAGCUUUCUCAGGAACAGGAAUAAGCUCAGAGACCUUGGACAGACAUGGUGUUCCAGACCCUUUCCAUGCCCCCUUCAGCUACCAAACUCAGCGGAACACUGCGGUGUAAGGCCUUGGCCUCAGUGUACUGCUGCUUCCCGUGCUGUCAGCAACAGAAGUGCCUGGGAUACCAUUUUCCUCCACAGUGAAUGGCCAAACCUUCACCCAGAUCCACAAUCAGCUGAAACACAGGCAAGACCAACCCAGCCAUUAGUGACAUCCCUCUUGCAGCACAAGAACAACCACAGAGCCAUUGCUGGGUACUGCGCUGAGCAGAGGAACCAGGGACAUCUGCUCACUCUUCUCUGGCAAACACCAAAGACAAAGGUCCAGCUGCUGGAGCUGCACAGGGCAAAGCCAAGGAAUGUCUGCUAGGCCAGAGCUCCUCAGGAGCAGCAUUUCAUACCUCUGUGAGGCAGCACUGCUGGCUGCACAAAGGAUCAGACCUCAGGCACUGGUGGUAUUGUGCUGCUUCACCUGUUCUUAGGUUAUCAGGUGUUUUACUGUAUCUGGAUUACCUGCCAGGUGGAAAUCCUCACCUGUGAGUGGCAGAAAGGAUGGGCUUUGGAGCACUGCUGCAUGCUCUGGCACCAGCGGCCUCUGUGACUGACAGUGGUUCUGUACAGAGCCCACACAUGGAUGUGGAGAGGCUCCAUGGGUUAUACCCAAAUACAGACCACCAAGAUGAACCACGGGACUGGAUCUGCAGGCUGGGAAAGGACAGAUGCACGGACUGAACAGCUGGAGGUCUACAUGAAGACUGUGAAGCACAGGUGGACACAUGUGCCUGACCCAGUUC